AUGAAGGUCGCAGCACCACUCCUCCUCGCAACCGCAGCCACCCUGGGCGCAGCUCAAUUUGAUGCACUCACCUCCGCUGUCGGCAGCGUCAUUACCUCCGCUGCCAGCUCUGUUGUCAAUUCAUUGGGCACACAAGCAAGCGGUAUAGCUUCUUCUGUGGUCUCGGAAGCCACCUCAGGCUUAGGAUCUAUCACAUCUGCCGCAGGCUCAGGUAUCUCCUCAGCUCAGUCAGCAGCCACCAGCAUCGUCAACUCCGCCAACAGCGUAGCCGCCAGCUUGAGCAGUGAGGCUGCCACUGCCACCAACCCUAGUGCCAUCAGCUCUAUCCAAUCUCGCCUCUCAUCAGCCAACUCGAGCGCCAAUAGUGCCAUCGCAAGUGGUGUCGCCUCAGUUUCUAGCAGUGCUGCUUCCGCUGCUAGCUCUGUCUCCCGCAGUGCUAGCUCAGCUGCCUCGUCCGCCGCAUCCGCCGCCACCGCAAGCUCGACCGGAGCCGCCAAUUCCCUAGCCCUACCAGCUGCAGGUGUCAUGGGUAGCUUCUUCUUGGGUCUGGCUGUCUAUUUGUGA